AUGACCCAAGUCACAUACAAAAGCAAGUCCCAGGUGCCUCCUUCACAUGAUGCUGGCCUCAAAGACCCCAUGAAGAGCAAAAAGCAGCUACUCUCUCAAAAUAACAGAACUGCCUGCUUCAUAAAAGAGCAACCACAAGCGCAAGAGAAAGAUUCUGUGAAUCCACCGAAGGACGUAGACUCCAGCAAAGGCAUCUCUGUUCCGUGCCAAAAUCAAGAGGUUUCCACCAACACCAUAGAACAAGGUCCUAGUUCCAGCCCAGCUAGUGAUAGUGGAAUGGCUUGUGCUGAUGAGACCAGAUCAAAAGAUGUUGCUCUAAAGCCAGAUGGUAACACUGGAAAACAAAUUCCCCCAAAUCACAUGGAAUGUGCAGGAAGCUUCAAAGGCGAGUUCACAAAGCCAACCUUCUUAGAGUUGCUUUCAAAGGCCGGAAAUGCCCAUUAUCUCCGGCACAGGAUCCCCCCUGAGUCUGAGAGAUUGCUUAGCAUUGGGGAGAUAUUUGGGCAUGGGGAAUCCUCAUCGUCCAGGGCAGGAAAGGAGUGUGAAAACAGGGUGCCUUCUAAGUUUCUUCCUCUCUAACCAUUUAACAUAGCCUGACAAUAACAUAUGCCAUUAUUGCUAAGGAAAUGUGCUCCUCAAAUGACUAUAUUAAGCAAUACAGAGAAAAACAAACAAACAUAAUUGAAUUACAAUUUUAUUUUAAACUCC